UAUUACAGAACCUCUCUCAGCAGAGCCCAAGUGAACUGGGUUGAAAAUGCCUUUAAAAAAACCAAAGCAAACCAAUUGCAACACCAGUAAAAACUUCCCCUUGCUGGCAACUGUGCGUGUCAGCUGGAGUCACUGCUUUCAGAGAAGCUGCUGCUGUAGCUUUCUAAUAAGAGGAGCUGCACGUUUCUCCUCCCUGUCUUCACCAGUGGUUUUGAGAACAAGCAGAACUUCUUAACAUAUAAAUGAACAGCUAAAACCCCUUUGCAAAUGAUGGCUGCAACUUCAGCUGAUUUACCAACCAUUGUUCCACACAAGGAAGAAUUCUGGAGUAACCAAACCAACCUGACCAUAAAUGCCUCAGAAAGUCACAGUGAUGCCAGCUGUUCCCUGGAUGACAACAACUCACUGUCACUUGCUUUGAUCUUUUUUUACUCUAUUAUUUUUGUCGUUGGAUUGGCUGGAAAUAUUAUAGCCCUGUUUGCUUUCCUGCACAUUCACCAGAAAAGGAAUUCUAUCCAAGUUUACUUGCUAAACGUAGCAGUUGCAGACCUUCUGCUGAUCUUCUGCCUUCCCUUUCGGAUACUCUAUCAUGCCACCAACCACUGGAUGUUCGGGCGGAUUUUUUGCAAGGCUGUGGGAACUCUGUUUUACAUGAACAUGUACAUUAGCAUAGUACUGCUGGGACUCAUUAGUCUGGAUCGUUAUAUAAAAAUAAAUAAGUCUGUGAGUCGUCCAAAGAUGUUAACCACCACCCGGAGUGUGCAGAUUUGUGGCACGGUGUGGGCGAUUGCACUGACAGGAUUUAUAGUGGUAGUUGCACCAUCUUUCUUUAAGACUGAGGACAGCAACUCUACCAUGUGCUUUCAUUACAGAAGCAAACAGAAUUCAGAGAAGACUGAAGCAAUUUUAAAUUAUAUCGUUGUACUGAUUUUUUGGAUAGUUUUUUUCCUGUUGAUACUCUCGUAUGUAAAAAUCGCCAAGAAUCUUCUGACAAUUUCGAGGAAAAGGGCAAAUUUUCCCAAUGCAGGAAAAUACACCAUGACAGCAAGAAAUUCCUUCAUUGUUCUCGUAAUUUUCACCAUCUGUUUUGUGCCUUAUCACAUGUUCCGGUUUGUUUACAUCACAUCACAGUUACAAACCCCAUCCUGUUAUUGGAUGGAGAUCAUCCACACGUGCAAUGAGGUGAUGCUGGUGUUUUCAUCGUUUAACAGCUGCCUAGACCCAGUUAUGUAUUUCCUAAUGUCCAGAAGUGUCCGUAAGACUGUAUUGCAACUGAUAUGCAGAAAACUUCAUGGAGAGCCAAGCCUAAACCUGGAGAGCACUUCUGACAUAAAACUUGGCCAAUAUGCUCAAGAGCGAUUAUCCACCACCACUCCUCACUCCAGCUACUCGAGGAAGAAGUCUAUAAUUUGAAUGUUUAAAUCAAUAUCUGCCACUCCAGCUCACCAAUUUCAGAUCACAAAAUCCUCUACUCCACAGCUACUAAUUCUGCCUCUUUCCUCCUCUUAAGAAAAACGAGAAGUCUUACUUCUGUCUGUGAAAAUGAGAAGUUACUUUUCUGAAGAAUUUUUUCGCUCUUGUUUAUCCAUGAAAACAAAUUAGAAGUUCUCAGACAUUCUGUGUUGCACUAAACUAGAACACUAACUCUUUAGGGACAUUUCCACGUAGGGGUUUGAACCUGUAAAAGUAAACUUUUAUAUACACAUUAAUAUUAGUAGCUUGUGUAUGUAAAUAAUAGAUGAAUUUUGCAAAAAGUAAAUUCUGUCCUAUGUGAAAGAUCUAGAUACCAUUACAGAUUUUAUGUAUUUUAUGUUUUUUUCUGUUUUAAUAGGUUUGCAAGAGAUCAGUG